UACUGCUGCCAAUGACAGCAGAGAGAGAGAGGGAGAACCCAGCUGAGGAGUGAUCAGAGCAUCAUCAGCAGAGAUCAUCAACAUGGGAAGCUGUUGUGAGUGCAUGAAGAAUUUUUUCGGCCGGCAAAAGAACACCAAUGUGCGUGUUAGUCUGCCGGCUGUCUGCUUCGUCUGGCAGAUUGCUAUGAUCAUACUGUUUGGAGUUUUCAUCCGGUAUGAUGAGGAGUCGGAUGCGCGUAAAUGGAUAGAGCACAAAAGGGAUCACAACAUCACUAGCGACAUUGAAAAUGACUUCUACUUCAGAUAUCCCAGCUUCCAAGAUGUCCACGUCAUGAUCUUUGUUGGAUUCGGAUACCUCAUGACCUUCCUCAAACGCUACAGCUUCGGUGGUGUGGGCUUCAACUUCCUGAUCGCCUCCUUUGGUCUGCAGUGGGCUCUUCUCAUGCAAGGCUGGUUCCACUCCCUCGACCCAAACACUGGAAAAAUCUACAUCGGAGUUGAGAGUCUGAUCAACGCAGACUUCUGCUGUGCCGGCUCUCUGAUUGCCUACGGUGCCCUCCUGGGAAAAGUAAGCCCUGUCCAGCUGUUGGUUGUCACCUUAUUUGGCAUCACACUGUUUGCUGUGGAGGAAUUCAUCAUCCUCAGUCUCCUACAUUGCAGAGAUGCUGGUGGCUCCAUGGUCAUUCAUGCCUUCGGAGGAUACUAUGGUUUGGCCAUCUCCUGGGUGCUCUACCGACCAAACCUACACCAAAGCAAACGGCUCGAUGGAUCUGUCUACCACUCCGAUUUGUUUGCCAUGAUUGGUACACUGUUCCUGUGGAUGUUCUGGCCCAGUUUCAACUCAGCCAUCACAGACCAUGGUGAUGGACAGCACAGAGCAGCCAUUAACACCUACAUCGCACUCGCAUCCUCUGUGCUCACGACUGUGGCCAUCUCCAGCAUGUCUCAGAAGAGAGGAAAACUGGACAUGGUGCAUAUCCAGAAUGCCACUCUGGCUGGUGGUGUUGCCAUGGGAACAGCAGCAGAGUUCAUGAUCACUCCUUAUGGUUCACUCAUUGUGGGUUUCUGCAGUGGCAUCAUCUCCACCUUUGGCUACUUGUUUGUCUCGCCCUUCUUAGAGAAAUAUCUCAAGCUCCAGGAUACCUGUGGUGUCCACAACCUGCAUGCUUUGCCUGGGAUGCUUGGUGGCUUCGUAGGUGCCAUCGUUGCUGCAGCUGCCACUGAAUCUGUCUACAGUGCAGAGGGGUUGAGGAACACAUUUGACUUUAAAGGCGAUUUUGCAAACAGAUCCGUAGGAACACAGGGAGGCUUCCAGGCUGCUGGCGCAUGUGUGGCAAUUGCAUUUGGACUGGUUGGAGGUGCAAUUGUUGGUUUAAUCCUGAGGUUCCCUAUCUGGGGCGACCCCGCUGAUGACAACUGCUUUGAUGAUGAAGUUUACUGGGAGGUUCCUGAGGAUGAGGAGACCAUCCCUCCUGUGUUGGAGUACAACAACCACAUGAUCCACAAGCACCAAGACAUAUCUGAGUCGAACUUCUCCGUGGAGCAAAGUUAGAGCCACACAUCAGGAGAUCAACCCCCUCAUAUCACUUUGAACUUGAUACAGCUGUGAAACACACUUAAUCAAAGAAGGAGCCACCCUCAAAAAGGAUACUUCUGCAAAAGAGGAACAAUAUUUAUGACAUGCACACCUAUUACAUUUGUCUGGCACUUUUUUCUAUCAUUGGAAGUUCAAGGUUAUGACGACACUACACAAAAUGGGGACCAGAUAUCUCAUUAAUGGAGAAAUAAUUCUGAAUAAAAAGUUUUACUCUUAAAAGAAAAUUUUAACCUGCAUUUACUUUCUAUUUCGGAAGAAACUAAAUAUAAUCUGCAGAUGCUUAAUAACUGGAAAAUGUCAAUGACAAUCUGUUUAUGCUGUGCAAGAUAAUUAUAAUGUGCAGAAGAACUGAGAGUUAUUUUCAUGAGUUUGGAAAUGCAUCACUGUUGACAUCAGUGAGUAAAUUCCUCUUUUUGAAGGACUAUACAAAGCUAUGAAUUCUUUCAUGUAAUGUACCUUUUAAUUGUUGAGUAUUGUCUUUGAUAAUGCUUGCUAUUUUAUUUCUUCUAAAGAGUCUGUUGGAGCACAAUUUAUUGUGUUGUGUAUAAAAGGCAUAUAGGAAUCAAAGUUAUUUGUGCUGCCAAAUGAGGCAGUUUUUAGAUUCUAUAUCAAAGUUAUGUCUGUCAAAUUAUGUAUAGGUCUUUGUAAGUUGUAUGUACAAAUGAUUCUACUUUAUUUUGCAUAAAUGACUUGUUCUUGA